AAUAACUAUGAAAGCUCAAAUAAUAAAAAACAAAAGGUUGACCACACAGAUGAAUCAAAAUCUUGGGAGAUUGAAAAAUUUAAAGAAUUGCUUGAUGCAUGGCGCCAUUAUCUAAGCGCGUCUAGUGAUAAACAUGAGUACUGCCUCGAAAAACAUCAUAUCAUCGAGUGCGGUUACUCUAUCAAAUGUAAUCCCAAGAUCCCUGAAGAACUAUAUAAUCAAAUUGGUUUGUCUGAAGAACAUACCAUUGAAAGUCCUUUCAUAUCUUGUUUUUCAUAUUGUAGCAAAAUACUCGAUUAUAUGAAAACUAGAGCCUGGAAAGAAGUCGAAUCUGCUGUAACUGAUUCCCAGGAUGAAAAAUUAGAGCUUGUAAAAGAACAAGUAGAUUUUGUUGAAGAAUACUUCCGUUUCUGCUUAUUGUUAUUCAAAAAAAAAAAAUAAUCUUUACAAGCGACUUAAUAUUAGUGAAUCAAACUUCAAUAGACUUUUAGUUUGGCCGGCAGUUGAAGUUUCGAUUGAAUCGAUGGAACUACUUGAAUUUAUACCUGGAGAAUACCUUCUGAAGUCUUCUCAAGAAAAAUACAACGUAGAU